GAUUGACUCGUGGCGGUAAAAGAAGAUGAAGUAGAGCAGACGCGAGCGAUUGAUAAGCCCUUGCUUCCUUUCUCUGUGUUCUUCUGAUUCAGUUGGCUCUGGCUAUGGCUAUGGCGGACGCUACAGAAGCUGCUAAUUAAGCUUCUCUGCAGUGAACCCAUUUCUUCUCUUUCUCUGUUUAUGUGGAUUCUGGUAAUUCUGAUGCCAUAUUAUUCGCGUUAAGUCUUCAUGGAUGCUCGGCGAGGAUCCCGCGUCGUCAAACCCAAAGUUCGUCAGGUCGGAUUCUUCACCCUCGACGCUCCAAACCCCCCCGGACGCUCCCUAUCCGGUCCGGUCGGCUUUGGUCCUUCUCAACAAUCCCUCUCUCCUCCCACCGAUCCCUUGUCUCCGGUCAUGAUUCCUCCUCCUCGUCAUCUCUCCGAUAACCUUGCCUCACGCUCUACUAUGCUCCCUGUUCCGACGCCGGCCAAUUGGAGAAAUUCCGGUGAUCAGAUUCAUGUUGGCAGUUAUAACCCUUCCCAGACCCUGCUUGCGACUUCUCCUUCGAGUAGAAUUUGGGACGAUGAGCUGGAGAUGUCCGAGGAUUCUUCCACCUCCGUUCCGUAUCGCCGGAGUGGUUCCGGGAAGAUUGCGUCGAGCCUUCCUGGGCUUGGAGUCCACAUGGCGGCUAAGUCGUCGGAGAAUUCGCAGGCGGUGCCUCUCAGGACGUUGGGACCUAAUAAGCCUGCUGGAGUUGCAGAAAAUAAUGGAGGGGCAUCCACAGAGGUGCAAAAUCAACCACCACCAUCAAGUUCAAAACCCCUGAAGGCAAAAACAACGAAGGCUGAAAGACGGGCUCUGCAGGAGGCACAACGAGCAGCAAAAGUUUCUGCAAAAGGUGAGGCGAAUAAGUCAGGUACUGUUCCUGGUAAAGCUGUGAAGCAGCCUUCGGCUAUGAAAGAUAGCACUGCUGCACCUUCGGUUGCAUCUACUGACAAAAGAGGAGGUGAUCGCACAGUUGAUAAAGAAAGGAAGAAAGAUGCGCCCCAUCCACGAAUGCAGUUUGAUGAUAAAAAUAGGGUAGAAAAGGCUAAAAAGCGAGCAGUUUUCAACCAAACUGAAGCUCGAAAUAGGGUUGAAUUAUUUCGCCAUUUGCCUCAAUAUGAGCAGGGAACUCAGCUUCCUGAUCUCGUGUCGAAGUUUUUCCAACUUGACACCAUUCAUCCUGCCAUUUACAAGGUUGGUUUACAAUAUAUGGCCGGAGAUAUAUGUGGAGGCAAUGCUCGCUGUAUUGCUAUGCUUCAUGCCUUUCAACAGGCCAUCAAAGACUACUCAACUCCGCCACAGAAAUCUCUGGGUAGAGAUUUAACUGCAAAAAUUGGUGGCUAUGUGUCAUUCUUCAACGAGUGCAGGCCACUAUCUGUUAGCAUGGGAAAUGCAAUUAGGUUUCUGAAGAACCGCAUUGCCAAAUUACCAGUGAAUCUUCUGGAAUCUGAAGUAAAAGCUACACUUUGCUCAGAUAUUGAUCGCUUUAUCAAUGAGAAGAUUAUCAUUGCAGAUGAGGUCAUAGUUAGACAUGCUGCUACUAAAAUCAGGGAUGGAGAUGUUCUUCUCACAUAUGGAUCAUCAUGUGCUGUAGAGAUGCUUCUAUUAUAUGCACAUGAACUCGGAAAAGAAUUCCGUGUUGUGGUGGUGGAUUCCCGACCAAAACUGGAAGGGCAAGCAUUGCUUCGUAGGCUAAUAGCAAGCGGCCUAAAGUGUACCUACACUCAUAUAAAUGCUAUUUCUUACGUGAUGCACGAAGUAACACGAGUUUUUCUGGGGGCCGCUGCAGUAUUGUCUAAUGGAACUGUAUAUUCUAGAGUGGGAACUGCAGGUGUUGCCAUGGUUGCUAAUGCAUUCCAUGUUCCAGUCUUAAUCUGCUGCGAAGCCUAUAAAUUCCAUGAAAGGGUACAGCUUGACUCAAUAUGUUUCAAUGAAUUAGGUGAUCCAGAUGCUAUUUCAAAGGUCCCAGGAAGGAAGGAUGUUAAUUAUCUAGAUAAUUUGGCUGCUAAAGAACAACUGCAAUGUCUAAAUUUAAUGUAUGAUGCUACACCUUCAGAUUAUGUCUCAAUGAUUGUCACAGAUUAUGGCAUGAUCCCGCCUACAAGCGUACCCGUGAUCGUACGCGAGUAUCGGAGAGAGCACCUGUGGAUUUAAGGACUUCAUUGGUAAGGAAGCUUAUUUUUGCAAGGAUGAAUCAUAGAUGUUUGUUGCCGAAGCAUGCUGCAAGAAGUUUUUACAUUCAAAUUCUGCAACUAAAUUUUGAUUUUUGGUAAACUAACGAUUAGACAAGAGUGUGAUUGUUGCUUCUCCUUACACUUUUCCAAGCGUGUUUUUUUCUGGGAGAAUGUAUUGUGGGUACGGUUUGAAAGUCGUCGUCAAUAAUGUCAAUGAAAAUGUCGAUACCUUGAACUUUA